AUGCUGCGUCGUCCCGCGAAGCCCAACUUGUGCUUUGACGACGGUGGUGGCCAGGAGAACUUCUUCCUGUGGGACUGCAACAUCGACAACCCGAACCAGCAGUUUGAGAUCCUGUCGCGUGGAGCUUUGCUGGGCAUUGGGCCUAUGGACCCACCACCUUUUGAAAUCGAGCAAGGCCCGUGGAACUUCGACGGUGACGGCUACAUCCUGCCACCUGGACCCAUUCAAAUUGACCAGGUUCCUCAACCAUCCAACCCGGAUAAUGUCACUCCUGGAGAGACUACAGGCUCGAAUGCUUGGGAGCAAGCGCCGGCUGGAGACUUUGGUCCUGGGCGUCAACGUGCCACCUCCGGAUGUCCCGGUAGUCCCGAAGGCAGACAUGCCACUGGCAACGUACGGAGACGGAGACUGGAACCUGUUGGCGCCGUCCAACAACACGAUCGAUCUCGUCAACUCUGA